CUGCAAUAUGAAAUGUCUAAUGGGAAAUGUUUUAAAUUGGAUCAUCUCAAAUCCAUGAACUGUUCAGGAAAAUGAAGUUGUGUUUAAGGGAAUAACCAGUUAUUCACACUGCCCCGGGAAUCAGCGACUGAACUGGAGUCCAUUUAUACACAGUUAAAGACAGAUUAGGAAAGUGGUUUAGGUACUUGCCCAAUUCUUUGUGAGCAGUUAGUUCUCGUUAUUGUUUGACCAGUGUGUGUGUGUGUGUGUGUGUGUGUGAGAGAGAGAGAGAGAGGUGUUUGUGGGUAGUUUUAGAAGAAGGGAGGGGCAUUUUUACGUAUUUCGGCCGAAACUCGUCAUUUUUGUCGGAGACUCCGAAUUUCUUCAUUCUGACUUUCACUCCAUUAAACACCUUCACGACUUUUUAUUGUAUACAACAGCGCGGUUUCAUUUCUGAACACACACACUGGAGAGACUGGUCAGGGAACUUCUCAACGUGUGUGUGUGUGUGUGUGUGUGAGAGAGAGAGAGAGAGAGAGACUGUGUGUGUGUGUGUGUGUGUGUGUGUUUGUCGACGUGAAGUUGGCGGAGAAGAACAAAAGCAUCGCGGGAAGCGUUAAAGAAAAGAGCUGAACUUUCCAACCGCAGGUAGACAUGGCGAUGCGAGGCCACACCUCCGGGUCAUUAAUGAGUAAUCACACGAAGGAGAGAGUGACCAUGGCCAAGGUGACUCUGGAGAACUUCUACAGCACACUGAUCACACAGCACGAGGAGAGAGAGAUGAGGCAGCAAAAACUGGAGAAAGUGAUGGAUGAAGAGGGACUUCCUGAUGAAGAGAAACGAGUGAGACGUUCUCAGCAUGCAAAGAAAGAGACAGAUUUCCUGCGCUUGAAGAGGACAAGGCUUGGUUUGGAUGACUUUGAGUCACUGAAAGUGAUCGGACGAGGAGCAUUUGGAGAGGUGCGUCUAGUGCAAAAGAAGGACACGGGUCAUGUUUACGCCAUGAAGAUCCUGCGAAAAGCCGACAUGUUGGAAAAAGAACAGGUGGCUCAUAUCCGUGCAGAGAGAGAUAUACUGGUUCAGGCAGACAGUCUGUGGGCGGUGAAGAUGUUUUACAGUUUCCAAGAUAAACAGAAUCUGUACCUGCUCAUGGAGUUCCUGCCUGGAGGUGACAUGAUGACACUACUGAUGAAGAAGGACACUCUGACGGAGGAGGAGACACAGUUCUAUGUGGCUGAAACGGUUCUGGCCAUUGACUCCAUCCACCAGCUCGGCUUCAUCCACCGAGACAUCAAACCUGAUAACCUACUGCUCGACUCAAAGGGUCAUGUUAAACUCUCUGAUUUCGGACUGUGUACUGGACUUAAGAAAGCUCAUCGUACAGAGUUCUACAGAAACCUGAGCCACAGCCUCAACACUGACUUUACCUCUCAGAACAUGAACUCUAAGAGGAAAGCAGAAACAUGGAAACGCAAUAGGAGGCAGCUGGCGUUUUCCACAGUGGGAACGCCAGACUACAUCGCUCCAGAGGUGUUUAUGCAGACAGGCUAUAACAAGCUCUGUGAUUGGUGGAGUCUGGGCGUGAUUAUGUACGAGAUGCUGAUUGGAUAUCCACCCUUUUGCUCAGAGACUCCUCAGGAGACGUAUAAAAAGGUGAUGAACUGGAAGGAGACGCUGGUUUUCCCCCCUGAGGUACCGAUCUCCGACAGAGCCAAACACCUCAUCCUCAGGUUCUGUUGUGAAGCAGAUCACCGUAUCGGAGCUGCAGGAGUUGAGGAGAUCAAGAGGAACCCGUUCUUCGAGGGAGUUGAUUACGAUCACAUCAGAGAGAGACCGGCGGCGAUCCCCAUUGAAAUCAAGAGCAUCGAUGACACAUCAAACUUUGACGAGUUUCCUGAAUCAGACAUCCUGCAGCCUGCUGGAGCAGGCAGUAGUCAUGCGGAGUCGAACUAUAAGAAUAAGGACUGGGUUUUCAUCAACUACACGUAUAAGAGGUUUGAGGGUCUGACAGCGCGGGGCGCGAUCCCGUCCUACAUGAAGGGAGGCAAGAGAUGAGUGCAGGCACACACCUGUCUAAGGGUCUUCAUGCUAUCCCAUAAUCCCCUGCUGCCACACCUACAGAACGCUGUGUUUCUGUUGGCUGAGAGCAGGAGGGACCAUCCUUUAUUUAUUUAUUUUUUUACAAACCCCGCCUCCCGCACUAUAAUUGGCUGCUCACAGGCUCACAUCGUUCAUGUUGCUGUAGCAACCAAAGUUAAAACACCAGACGUACAGAAACAUCAGAGAUUGAUUUCACCUCCAUCUCUCAGACAAUGCCUUCUGGUAUUCUGUGAUUAAUUUCCACAUGUUUCACUCUCAGCCAAUCAGAAUGCAGGGUUCCUGGUUACCAUGGUGAUGCCAUACCUGUACAUUCAGGGUUCUAGAAUUGAUGAUUCAGGAACAACAUAAAAACACAGCAGCUGUUGAUUAAAGACCACACACACGCACACACCUACACACACCUACACACAUCUACAUGCACACACAGAUACUUACACACAUCUACACACACACACCUACACACAUCUACACGCACACACACACACCUACACACAUCUACACACACCUACAUGUACACACACACCCACACACAUCUACACACACUUACACUCACACACGCACACCUACACUCACUCAUACACAUUCACACACACACACACAUCUACAUACACACCUACACACACACAGUUUUCACUAUAAGCUCGUUCAAAUGUAUAUAGAGUCAUAUAGCCUGCAUUUUUGCUAAAUCUAUUUUUGUAUCAAACAUACACACACACACACAUGCAAACAUGCGUAAACACACACACACGUACACACACACACGUCUAAUGCUCAAACAAUAUUCCAUUGUCAAUGUCUUGUGUCAUCAGUGGUGUCUUUAAUCUUAUUUUAUUUUAUUUGUUAUUCUACUUUAUUAUAAUCACCUUGUUUUGUUUUUCUUUAUAUGGUUGCCAUGACGACAGAAUGCUGUUUCUGAUAUUGCUUAUUAUCGUUAUUUAUUGGUGUGUAUAUUGUGUUUAUAUUUUGCUGUAAUAUAAGAUGUGUAGAUGGUACGAGCUGAACGGGAGACACACACACACACACACACACACACACACACACACCUACUUUUUUUGUUCCAUCUUUAAAUACAAAAUACAAUACACACACAAAUACAGUGUGUGUGUGUGAUUCUAUGUAGAAAUCAUAUAAUAAAGCCACUCAGUCGUGAUGUUUGA